AUGCUAUCUCGGAAUCAUGUCAUCAAUUUAUCAACUGUACGUCCACAAAAUAUUAUUUCAACAUCAUCUGUUUAUCAUCGAUCAGACAUUGAUAAACAACAACAACAAAUUUCAUUACGAACAAAGAAGACUCGAACGAAAAGUACGGCGAAUACGAGCGUCGCCACUAGUACAACUUCGCUCAUCUUCGUGAACAUUACAAAUCUAACUGUCUCUUUCUCUCCGUCUACUCUAUCGACUCCACAGCAACAAAUUUCAUCCGAGGACUCCUAUUCGGCUAAGACAGGAAUCAAGACAGCAGCUAUUCUUGGCGGUAUGUAA